AUGGAAUCACCACACAGACCACAGCAGCAAUCACCGCCGCCGCCGGUAGAGCCGUCUGCUCCCCAGCCUCUGCAUACUCACUUCCCGCAGUCGACGUCGUUGCCUCUUCGCACCGCCAGCAGCACACCGGUCUCGUCACCGGGUCUCUUCAGUCCAACGGCCUCUCGACACAACCUCAACUCUCUUCCCUACACCUCAGUCUCCGAGUGUAAUACGCCUGCUCCAAUUGGCAGCAGCCCGUUUCUGCACCCGCUACAGACUCAUCGAGUCAGAGAAACCCACAAGGCCCUGAUCGACUCUGAUAAUAUCACUGGCCGCAAGUCCAUCAACCAGUAUGAAGUCAUCGAGGAAAUUGGUCGUGGCAUGCAUGGCAAAGUUAAGCUGGCUCGAAAUCUCGAAACGGGCGACAAUGUCGCCAUCAAAAUCAUCCCUCGCUUCUCCAAGAAGCGACGACUGGGCAAAGUGACCGCCCUGUCGCCACAAGACAAGACCAAGAAGGAAAUUGCCAUUCUCAAGAAAAUCCGUCACCCCAAUGUCGUUGCCUUACUCGAAGUCAUUGACGACCCAGAACUCAAGAAAAUCUACAUGGUCCUUGAGCAUGUAGAGCUUGGUGAGAUUGUCUGGCGCAAGAAGGGCUUGCCACACAUUUGUCAGUAUGAGCGACGACGAGUUGAACGAGAAAUGGGCGGCCCUGCACCGACCGCCGAGGAGGAACAAUAUCACCAAAUCCUCGAACGCCGACAAGCCAUCAAGGAACUAAAGCGGGCGAAGAUGGCGCAAACUUUUGCAGGCCCAUCCGACUACUGGAGCGUCGAGCACGGUGCCGCUGAUGAGGGUAGCAGUGUCGGACACUGGUCUCGCAUCUCCUCUCGUGAAGACUUUGCUAUUACCGACGGGCCAUCUUCACCCUCGGGCUCCCGACGCUCCUCUCUGGCGCCCUCCAGAUCAAUGUCGAUUGCCUCAACUGGCCUGAUGCCCUCCGAGCUUGCUGAGGAUAUCUCAUGGGUCGACGAUAUGGAAACACCUGGCCCUCUGCACUCAGCUCCGGGCUCGACCGCCGCACUCGACGGUACCAUGUACGGAGCGUACGCUGAGGACGGCUCGCGAGAAGGAUUUCGAGAGCGAUCCCCGAGCAUGGCUGAUUCCAUCAUCUCCCACAUGUCUUCUGUCGAUUAUAACCCUUACGCGCAUGAUCCUUUUGCCGAAGACUAUUCUUUCGUCCCAUGCUUCACCUUUGAUCAGGCCCGAUCUACAUUCCGUGAUACUGUGUUGGGUCUAGAGUACCUCCAUUAUCAAGGCGUUGUCCAUCGAGACAUCAAACCGGCCAACCUACUCUGGACAAGAGAGCACCGCGUGAAAAUAUCCGACUUUGGAGUUUCUUACUUUGGUCGCCCUAUUCGUGAUGGCGAACCUGACGACACCGUGUCCGAGUCUGAAGCUAAGGACUUUGACGACGAUCUCGAACUAGCCAAGACGGUUGGCACUCCAGCUUUCUUCGCACCCGAGCUGUGCUAUACCGAUAUCGACAGCCACAAUCAGCCAAAAGUGUCGGAGCAGAUUGAUGUUUGGUCACUCGGCGUGACCUUGUACUGUCUCAUCUUUGCCCGUAUUCCGUUUUUGGCUGAAGAUGAAUUUCAAAUGUUCCGCAAGAUUGCUACAGAAGAAGUUCACAUCCCUCGCCGCCGCUUAAAACCUGUCGACCCUUCCACGUCGCCAGCGGAGCACUCCCUCUACAAGCGACAAAACGCACACCCAUACCGAGAUGACAAUGACUUGGAGUAUGAGGAUGUGGACAAUCUGCUGUAUGAUCUUCUUCGACUGAUGUUGACCAAAAAUCCCGAAAAGAGGAUUCGUCUGCGGGAUAUCAAACGACAUCCAUGGGUUGUCCAAGGCAUCAACAAUGUCGUGGGUUGGCUUGAUGACACUGAUCCAGCGCGACCUUCACAGGGCAGGAAGAUUCAAGUUGAUGAGAAGGAUAUGUCAUAUGCUGUCGUUCCUCUCACAUUUUUGGAACGCGCUCGAUCAGUCAUGAAAAAGGCUGUUGGUAAGGUGAUUCAUCCCCUUGUGGAACGCAGCGACAGCAGGUCACGCAGGAGAGCAACAAGUAGCGUGGCCAGCUCUGCCGGGGACAGCAUGUUCAGACCCACCGGCCCUGCCUUUCAUCCCAGCUUUGAGCGACGCCCUAGUCUCCGUGGUGAAGAUUACUUUGGCACAAGUGGCAAGGACGGCCUAGGAGGGCCCAGUCACCCGACGACCACUGCUACGUCGACUGCUACAGUCCAUGCCGAUGGCGCAUACGAUCCUCUCGCAACGGUCCUACGGUCAAGCGAAACGCCCAAGGAGCAACAUCAUCACCUCUGGACUGCUCCUGGGAAGCAUGCAAACAAUGGCAACACGGACUUCUCCGCUGCAACAGCCUGUUCUCGACGGUUUCAGCGCCACGUUGGCCAUAGCAGACUCGCGCCACAAUUCUUACAACUAGCCCCAGCCCUUCCUGAAACGCAGUCUACUCCGGUCACGCCUCAUGCGGAUGUGCAUCCCCAGCUUCACCGGGAUGGAAGCCGCAGGUCCCGAGCACUCGAAUCCCAAAGCGAAGCUAACUCGAGGUCUGCGUCCGCCGAACGAGGUCUCUUCAUGAGCGUGGACAAGCAUACCCAUGGGUCUUCUUCCGUUUCGCCAGCGACUGCGACGGGAACCAUACACCGCCAUCCCGGACCCAUCAAGUCUCUCGAUCUAGGAAGAGGCAGUCGAGGAUACGGCGCCUAUUCCCCGUUGUCCUCAUCACCACAAGCCAGCACUGCGUCGUAUCAGCAUGGGCACCCUCGGUCGGAUUCAAAUCUUCAAAAACAGUUCGGCACCAGUACCAGUACUCACCGGACCGCCACAGUAAAAGGACAUGAAGGCGGUCACCCCCAGGUGGAACAUCAUGCAAAUAUGUCGUCGAGCCCCGAAACAAUUCAAGCAGCUGUCGAGCCUCUGUGCGAGUCGCAAAUCUUGUCUCCGCCGAAGGUGGAGGCAGAGCCUGCCAGUAUCCCCUGCCCCCCCUCCCCAGGUUCACAAGACUGGCCACAGCAUCCGAUAGCCCCAUGCAGAGGAGAUACUAUGACGACGACCAAGUCAUCUAGCAUGGAGUCGAUGGAUGGCCUGGGAACACCUCUCACAAGCCCGAGUGAGACGACUAGUCCCGUGCACGCGGAACCUCCCAAGACAGCAUCAGCACAGAUGCUUGUGUUCCAGUCGGAUCCCUCCCUUCCCGCUCUUCUCAGUGGCGCUAGUUCCGUCUCUGCCGACAUGGAAGCAGAGCUUUUGGCAAGAGCUGGGGCAAGUGGACAGGUGUCGCGGCACGAGGGGUCAUCUGAAGCAAUAACACCACCCGCACUGGUGAAAGAGCCCGCCAAUGGGUUUCCCAUGACUCCAAUGUUUGAGCAUUCUCAGAGCAUGGGCAGCGACUCUCUGCGGCUGCAACUUGAUGACGACAGCAAAACACAUUCACCUGAAGACAUGGAUUCGCCGACGCCUCACGUUGACGAGGACGAAGACAGCGACGAUGGUAUUUUCUUGAUGGCGAAGUCCAAGAAGAAGGCGUCACCUACAAGUGCCUCUCAGUCUCCGCGGCCCUUUGAGGCCAGGAGGCGAGACACAGGCGCGAGCACCGCCAGCAACGAGACGGCCAAGAAGGUGUCUGUCUAUGGCGGAGAUGCCAUGUUUCACUCGGAGCCGUAG